AUGCCUCCGACUUCUAGAGGCCUCGUGAUUUUGCGCCUCUUCCAGUAUGCUUCCCGGACACCGGUAACGCAGCUGCGCUGGGCGACUACAAGCAAUAAACCACGCUUUGGUCUCCCGGACAAGAGCCAGCUCGAGGCCAGGAAGGAACAAUUUGAGAAAUACAAAUCGGACGUCAAUAAAGAGGCACAAGCACCAGGACAAGAGCGGGAACGAGAUCCAACCCCGGAACAAGACUCAAGUCAUGGUCACGACGGAGAGUCUUCAGAAAACCCACGCAAGCCACCUUUCGAGUUCAUCUCUCCCUCCGUGCGGCGUUGGAUAUGGCGCCUCUUCUACAUCGCACCACCAGUUGCCUUUGUCCUUCUGGAGUUCCCUCUCGAAGUCAUGUGGGUUACUGGCCCAUCCAUGUCACCGCUCCUGAAUGUGAAUCUGUCUCCUGAGCUUCCACAGACGUCAGAUGCCAUCCUGGUGCAGAAGGUCAUGUUUGAGAACCGACCCAUGUUCGGCCUACGACUCCCCAAAUUCGAAUUGCAAAGAGGGCAAAUCAUCGUUUUCUAUGCACCACACAACCCCGAGAAGCUGGCGGUCAAGCGCGUGGUUGGUGUCCCAGGUGACAGAGUCAAGCCGCUUCCAGGAUACCCCGGCGGAGACGAUCCCGUUGUGAUUCCAUAUAACCAUAUCUGGGUGGAGGGUGACGCCAACAGUCGAGAAAAGAGUAUUGAUUCCAACUGGUACGGACCUAUCAGCCAGAAUCUCGUGAUAGGAUUCGUCACAAUGGUUCUGAGCCCAUGGUAUUCGCCCAGCGUGAUCGAUUGGAGAGAGCACGAUUACCCGGCCAAAGUAAGCGGACGGGUGGAGAACGAUGUGGUGCACGCCGCGAAGCUGGAUCCCGAUAAGACCAGCAUGAUCGAGGCAUUCAGCAACGGGCUGGCUGCCAGAGAGUUGGCAGUGAUCAGGAGAAACCGGAACGAAUUGCCGAGGUUGAUGAGAGACUCGCAGAAGUUCCUCAAAUUACGGACCAUGUACGCGCAUGCGAGGUUGGAGCUGGAUCAAGACAACCCCGACUCUAAGGAGGUUGCGCAAGGUAUAGUGGAUGAGUUAGAAGCUGCCUUUGAGGCUGUCGGGUUGUCUAAGGAAGGGAAGACGCUUCCGCCAGUUUUGAGAGGCAGUAAUCAUGUCGCCGACGAACAUGAGGAUGGAAACACGGAGCAGUCUUCGAAACAGAAGAAACUCAAAGAUUAUCUGGAACGACAAAAGAAAGACGCGGCCGAUGUUCGGAAUGACAGUUCUGAAUUGCUGACUUGGGGCGUGGCCUGA